CUAUUUUGAUCACAUUUCGCGAUCACUUGAAUAAAUUAUUUCAUUCCUUUUUCUAUCGUAUUUAUUGAGUAAAUGCUUCGUAAUUUUGAUUAGUUCAAUAAUUUUUUUAAUUCUAUUUUUCAUUACGAUUUGUAAAAUAUUCUGUAAAAAUGUUUGGGCACCCAUCAGCGCCUGUACUUGUUCUGAGUUCCAAUACCAAGCGUGAAUCUGGUAAGAAAGUCCAGCUGGAGAAUAUCGGUGCCGCUAAAGCGAUCGCUGAUGUCAUUCGAACAUGUUUGGGCCCACAAGCCAUGUUGAAAAUGUUGAUGGAUCCUAUGGGUGGUAUAGUUAUGACUAAUGAUGGCAAUGCCAUAUUGAGAGAAAUUACUGUACAGCAUCCUGCUGGAAAAUCCAUCAUCGAAAUCGCCAGAACUCAAGAUGAGGAGGUCGGUGAUGGUACAACUUCCGUCAUAGUAUUAGCUGGAGAAAUGCUGGCCGUUGGUGAACAAUUCCUUGAUGAACAAAUGCAUCCCACUGUAAUUAUCGGUGCUUAUCGUCAAGCUUUAGAAGAUAUGGUUACCGUUUUGGAAGAAAAAAUUAGUGUUAAAUUGGACGUUACUGACAAGAAACAGUUAUUAUCCGUUUUACAAUCCUGUGUGGGAACUAAAUUCAUCGGUCGUUGGUCAGAAAUGGCCUGCAAUAUUGCUUUAGAUGCGGUAAAUAUUGUUUCUUUGGAAGAAAACGGCAGAAAAGAAAUUGAUAUUAAACGAUAUGCGCGUAUUGAAAAAAUCCCUGGUGGAACCAUCGAAGAUUCGACAAUUUUGAACGGUGUCAUGGUAAAUAAAGAUGUGACUCAUCCUAAAAUGAGGAGGUAUAUUAAAAAUCCUAGAAUUAUCCUUCUCGAUUGCACUUUAGAAUACAAGAAAGGCGAAAGCCAGACCAACAUCGAAGUCGCUCAAGAAGCAGAUUUUACUAGAAUUCUUCAAUUAGAAGAAGAAUAUAUCGAAAAAAUAUGUUCGGAUAUAAUCGCUUUAAAACCAGAUGUCGUAUUCACAGAGAAAGGAAUUUCCGACUUGGCGCAGCAUUUCCUAUUGAAGGCCGGUAUAUCUGCUUUACGACGCUUGCGUAAAUCCGAUAACAACAGAAUAGCUAGAGCUUGUGGUGCUACGAUUGUCAAUCGUACCGAUGAAUUAAAAGAGGAAGAUGUUGGUACCGGGGCUGGAUUAUUCGAAAUUAAAAAAAUAGGAGAUGAAUAUUUUUGUUACAUUACUGAAUGUAAAGAUCCGAAAGCCUGUACUAUUCUCCUUCGUGGUGCUAGUAAAGAUGUUCUUAUGGAAACUGAGCGUAACUUACAAGAUGCUUUACAUGUUGCUCGAAAUAUCAUGUUGAAUCCUAAACUCGUUCCUGGGGGUGGUGCCGUCGAAAUGGCAGUUUCUCAUGCAAUAAUGGAAAAGAGUAAAAGCAUAGAAGGUGUCAGCCAGUGGCCGUAUAAAGCAGUUGCUCAAGCGUUAGAAAUUAUUCCUCGAACAUUGGCACAAAAUUGUGGAGCUAAUACUAUUCGUACUUUGACUGCUUUACGAGCGAAACACGCUACUGGUGAUACUUUAUGGGGUAUUAACGGGGAAACAGGAAAAAUCGUUAAAAUGGACGAAUUAGGUAUUUGGGAACCUCUCUCGGUGAAACUGCAAACUUACAAAACUGCUGUCGAAACUGCUAUUCUGUUAUUACGAAUUGACGACAUUGUAUCUGGCUCGAAAAAGAAGGAUAAAUCUGACGAACCUAGAGCUGCUGCACCAACCGAAGAAUCGAUGAAGGAAUAAUAUGAACCAUUUUGUAUUGGUCUAAUCUUUUUGUAACUUUUGUUCAUUCGUGCAUUUCUUUCGAAUGUAUUGAAUUUUUCAUUAAUCAACCGAAUUGGAAAUAAGAUUUUUCAGUGCCUAAUAUUAUUUAAUAGCUUGAACACUCACUGUUUAAAUUAAGAACUGUUUUGUAAGCAAAAUUUGUGUUAUAUAAUUUUUUUUAAAUUUUCCAAUUACAAACUUUUAAUUAUUAA